UAAUGAUUUUCAGAAAAAUCUUGUCCAAUUUCCGUAACCCCUUUACGCCUCCGUCUCCGUUCUCUUCGCUCUCCGUCUCCAAUGGCGGGUUUCAAUUCUCUAAUUCCUCUGAAACGCGGCGUUACUAGAGCAACCGGAAAUCUAACGGCUCCGUUAGCUACUAUUUCGGCUGCACGAAAUCUCUUCACGGGAGCAGGAUGUAAUGGAGUCUACAAUAUUUGUGGUGAGCAAGGAGUGUUUUCUCAUUCCAAUGGAAUCAGUAAUCACAAAGCCAUUGGUAAUGCUGGCGCGCGUACCGGUCCGUUUCAUCACCUUCUCCGUGUCAACCAAACAAACAAGCCCGCCUUUUUUAGGGUCCAAUCUUUGAGCUACCAGUUCGUGGCUGAUUCACAUGCAUCUCCUAGACGUGUUUUGAGAACUGAGGAUGAGCAAGAUGUUGCGGAUCCAUCAAAGAGGGAAGACGCUGAAACCCCUAGGAGGCAUCAUAUGGGGGAGAACAUACCCAAGAAGGAUAAAAUUAAGUUUCUUGUAAACACUCUUCUUGAUAUCGAAGAUGAUAAAGAGGCGGUUUAUGGAGCUCUCGAUGCCUGGGUCGCUUGGGAACGCAAUUUCCCAAUUGCUUCCCUCAAAAGAGUAAUAGCUAUUCUUGAAAAGGAACAUCAAGGGCAUCGAAUGGUUCAGGUAAUAAAGUGGAUCCUGAGUAAGGGGCAAGGGAACACGAUGGGGACUUAUGGGCAGUUGAUACGGGCGUUAGAUAUGGACCGUAGAGCAGAAGAGGCCCAUGCUAUCUGGCGAAAGAAGAUCGGGAACGAUCUGCAUUCCGUGCCUUGGCAAUUAUGCUUACAGAUGAUUCGCAUAUAUUUCCGGAACAACAUGUUACAGGAACUUGUCAAGCUGUUCAGGGAUCUGGAGAGUUAUGACCGUAAGCCUCCGGAUAAACACAUUGUGGAGUCAGUGGCGGAUGCUUACGAGCUUUUAGGAAUGGCUGAGGAAAAAGAAAGGGUGUUGACCAAGUACGGCAAUCUGUUUCUGGGCACAGCAUCAGAUGAGAAUUCAAGAAGAUCUUCCAGGAAGAAGAAGAAACCAGGAGUGAGGAAUCCUGAAGCAACCACAGAAGACGCAGCAAAAGCUUAGUUACAAGAAGAGGUCAAAGAAAAUGUGGAUAAAACACCAAGAUUCAGAAGCUGCCACUGAGAAAUGAUCCGAACAUGGAGGCAUACGUUGUAGUGUUUGAUACGUGUUUAGUCGGUAAAUUGUCGAUUGCAAGGGACAUUGUGACAAAGCUUAAGACCCCUUUGGAAUUUGUCGCGAUGGAUAUAAAGAUGUUUAAUUUAGGGUUUGAAUGCGGCACUCGUCGUAAACUGAGAAGGUUUGCUCGUCAAGGAAGGAUCCGCAUGAUCAUCCUACCUUAACCGAAUUAGAAGAUAUCUUG